CCUCUCCCCUCAUCUAAAACCCCCUUUCUUCCCUUCCAUUAAAGCUCUUAGCGGCCCCUGCCGGCCUUAGCCGGCUCAGCUGCUCUCUACACCCUUCUCUCCCACCCUACUUCUUCUCUUUACAUCUCCUUCUCCCUCUCUUUCCGUUAUACCUAAACAAAAUCACAAUAAAAAAAAGCCCUCUCCAGAAGAAGAAGAGAAGAAGUAGAAUCAGUCUCCCUUUCAAUUUCUAAUCCUCUCCCGUAUGUCAAAAUGACGGGAGAGGAGCAACAGAAGCUCAAAGUGGUGUCAUCAUCGUCGGAAUCAGAAGAGAUGGAGGAGGAAUUGCAGAAGCUAGAGCUAGUUGGGCCUAUGUGGAAGAACAAGAAGAGGCUUUCAAAGCAGCUUUCGAUGUGCGAGACGCCACGUGAUGCUGCUUGGGAGAGGCGGCGCCGGCAGAUUCUCCGGCGGAGGAUUGGGUUUGAGGAAUCGGAUGCGGGGUGUAUUGGGUUGACAGAUGAGGAUCUUUGUGACCUUAAAGGGUCUAUUGAGUUAGGGUUUGGUUUCAAUGAGGAAGAUGGACAAAGCCUCUGUAAUACACUGCCAGCUCUUGAUCUGUACUUCGCUGUGAAUAGGCGGUUCUCGUCUGCUUCUUGCUCGUCUUUGGAGACAGCUGGUCUUAAACAAAGCCCUGUGUCUACUCCAAUGGGUUCUGCCAAAAGCCCAUCUUCGUCUUUAGGGAGCCCAAGGAGUAGCGAGUCUGAUUGGAAGAUCUGCAACCCAGGGGACAAACCUCAACAAAUAAAGACAAAGUUGAGGCACUGGGCACAAGCCGUAGCUUGUUCUGUGAGGCAAUCUUAUUGAAGGGAAUGAAAAGUGGGAGUUGUACAGAGAAAGGGAGAGAUAGAUCGAGAGAAUAUGCACCCACAGGAGCGAGAGAGAGAGAAAGAGAGAGGGCGAGCAUAAAGAGAGAGAUUGAGGGUUGCUUCUAAAAUUGAUUUUCAAUUUUUCAUCAACUGCAUAAAGGGUGCAGUUUUCUCAAGUACAUGGUGGUACAAAUUAAUGGAAAAAUAUUUUUCCAUGUCAACAAUGUAAAGGAUUCUUUCAUUACAUUCUUCUUCUUCUUUUUUUUUUUUUACUUUUCCCCAUACUUGUAAUUUCGUUCUAAAUUUCAUCUACUCAAUUAAUAUUAUUCAAAAAUCAAAACUCAAGGCUUAAGCUUAAGCCUUGCUUAGGAGUGAA